UGCUAGAGCCCUCCGCGCCGGGGCAGCGGCGGCGGCGGCGGGAUCUGCGCGGGGAUCGUGCUGGUGGUGGCGGGAUCCCAGCCCGGGAGGGGGCGCGCGGCGGGGGUGGCUGGCGCCGAGGCAGAGGGAGAGCUCCCUGCCCGGGCAGGCGGAGCCCCUCGCCGCCGCCGCCAGAGCGCUGGGAGUCGCCGCGGCGGCGCGGAGAGGCGGCCAUGCGGGGGCUGGCUGCUGCUGGCUUGGUGGGCAGCCCUCCUCAAUAUGGUCCUCGCCGUCCACGUCGCUGGCAGCUGCCCGCUCGUCUCCAGCCCGCGGCGCUGCUUCGCGCCCCACGCUCCCCGGCAGCUGGGCUCCGGCGGCGCGGCGGCGGCGCCGGCGGCGGCGAUGAUUUCGGGCUCGCUGCACCCGCCCCGCUUAGGGAUAGGCGGCAAGCUCUUGCAAGGGGUCACGGCCAGCCCCGGGGGAGGCGGCCAUGCGGGCAGCGGCAGCGGUAGCGGCGCCGGCAGCGGCAGCCCCAGCCCGGGCUUCGCGGACAACGACACGCAGUGCGGGGAGCAGAUCCUGAGCUACGGCAACGUGGAGAAAGUGGUCAUCGGGGCCGCGCUGUCGCUCAUCACCCUGCUGACCAUCGCCGGCAACUGCCUGGUGGUCAUCUCCGUCUGCUUCGUCAAGAAGCUCCGGCAGCCCUCCAACUAUCUCAUCGUGUCGCUGGCGCUGGCCGACCUGUCGGUGGCCGUGGCCGUCAUGCCCUUCGUCAGCGUCACCGACCUCAUCGGCGGCGAGUGGAUCUUCGGCAGCGUCUUCUGCAAUGUCUUCAUCGCCAUGGACGUGAUGUGCUGCACCGCCUCCAUCAUGACCCUCUGCGUGAUCAGCAUCGACAGGUGAGCGAGCAGCGGGCGGCGCGCCGUCGAGGGAACCGGGGAGGGGGCUUCGCGUCGAAGCAGCUCAGGCUGGGGAUCCUGGGUGUGUUUGUAAAACUUGCUCGCGGGACGGCCGGCGGGUGCGUUCACACGCGCGAGCGCCUCAGGAGGCUGCUGCCGUGUGGGAAGCAGCAGAUCAGGUCGCCUCUUCAGACGCCGCGGUUUUUUCCCGUGGAUCGGCGAGCAGAUGGGAAGAUGCCCUGAAAUUCCGAUUCGGAGUAGAGGAGGAAUAUUAUGAGAGGGUUAGAGAGGAGUUUGUUCCUUAAUCCACUCGGGAAUGUGGAUUAAGUUCGGAUAAUGGCAGGCUUCAUCUUUAGGAUGAGAGUUCUUUUCUGAAGAACUCAGAAAAUUGAUCACUAUUUUGUGGUAUGUUGGUUGGCCUAAUAAAAAAAAACAUGUGUUGCCAUACUGAGGAUUUUGGGAUUUGAAGUAGAUUCUUUACUCUCCUUGCUGACCUUAAUUCUGAUAUACAUUUCACCAACGUGGUUUUAAGAAUGUUGAGAGAGAGUGGAUUUCUUACCGGUCUCCCCAUGCUUUUAUGUCGACUGGUGGCUCUGGUCUGUUUUAGCAACAGCAAGCUGUACUAAAGAUCACUUGACCUUUGUUUUCUGCGUAAGUUGUGAAGGAAAUUGCUCAGAAACAUUUGAGGUGAGCAACAAAACCCGUAACAAAUUUGCACAAGGUGGGUUUUAUCCGUGUGUCUUACGUGGAGAGGUGAUUCCAAGCUUUGUUAGGGAGAAACUGAAUUGAGAGUAAUCACUCUGGAGGAAUUUAAUCUAGAAUAAAACAAGGCUUGGAACCAGGCUGCUGUGGUACAGUAUUUGUUCUGUUUCCAGAAGCAGGAAACCUUCGGUCUAAGGCAUCUGUGUGCCUAGUCGCUUUUCUACCUUUUAAAUAAAGCCCACCCUUCACAUUAUGGCUAGAGAUUCUGCUUGAGUGCAUCUUAAGUUUCCCAUUUUUAAAAAAGUUGCCCCUAUUGAGGAAUGAGGACUAAUCACAGCUUUGUGAUACUGAGUUGCCAAAACUGAUGGAGGGACCUUGAACGAAGUUAACCGAUGCAUUACGGCAAGGCUCUAAAAACUGAAUGAAGUAGUAAAUUGUCUGACUGGAGCAGAAAGGCAGGUUCUACAACCAUUCCAGCAGGGGUCACUUUUGCUUUGUUUAUCUUCGUACCUGAGAAGUAAAAGAACAGAUACACUGUGUAAAAAGUCAGGCCAAACAAACUGCUGUUUAAUGUGACUAGCAAGCUUCCCAUACCUCCAUUAAUUUGCUGUCGCCUAUAUGAUGUUCUCCAGCAAAUCUCUGCCCUCUCACACUUUCCCCUCCCUCAAUCUGGAUUUCCUCUUCUUUCUGGAGUAUCCCUGGUAUGAGAAAAUCCAGAAUGUGAAAAGGGGGAAUUGUGGGCAAAGGCAGUGCUUUGCCGGAGGAGGACCUCAUACAGACAAGGGAGAAUUAAUGGAGGUCCUGGAAGCUUAGUAGUCACUUUAAACUGCAGUAUGGGUGAGCCUUUAGUUGAUUCUACCUGUCUCUGCCUCCUUUGGCCUCCCAACUUUGCAUAAUGCUAUAGUAAACAGGGUCUUUCUGUCAGCCCCAUCAUGCAAUUAGGUGUUCCCAAGCCCCUUAAAUCAGUGGGCUUAAGUCUGCCUAAUUCUGCAUGGGGCUGCAGUCUGCUGUUAGAACUAUUUCUCCAUUUAUACGAAGGCAACAUGUGGCACUCCCUAAAGAGCUACUAAAUCUUUGACACCUGCACUUGUUUACAAAUCAUCCUGGGUGCAUUGGGUUACCUUUUAAUACUAGGAUGCUGUGUAGGAAUGUGUCAAAGCAAAAGUCUCUAGGUUAUUCCCCUUAUGCUGAUAGUAAAUGGCUAAUUGCAGUUGACUCAUGAACUGCUUCCUUUCCAGUGUAAGGAUUUGCUUGGUUUUACUCUUGCAACAUUUUGGCGAUAGAAAAAGCCCUCACAAUAGCUUACAAAAAUAAAAUAUCAGCAUCAAUUAAAAAGAGCAUUUACAGCCCAUUUUAAAAGAGAUAAAGGAAACCAUAAGCAAAUAAUCAUUGCAAGUCUGGUGGAAGAAAAAUAAAAGUCUUAAUCCAAUGCCUGAAGGACAACAGAGAAGGGGCCAGUUAAACCUCCCUUGAGAAAGAGCUUCAUAGUUAGGAUGCCACAACCAAAAAGGCUCUGCACUGUGCCCCUGCCAAUCACACUUGCCUUGAUGGUGGAAUGCAAUUGAUGAGCCAGUUCAUGGAGGAAGAAGCGGUCCUUGAAAUAUCUGGUUCUGGAUCCAAAGCUAUUUUGUACUAUUAAAAAUAAUAAUCCAGAUUUAUUAUUUAGCCUUAUACAGUGGUACCUCGGGUUAAGUACUUAAUUCGUUCUGGAGGUCCGUUCUUAACCUGAAACUGUUCUUAACCUGAGGUACCACUUUAGCUAAUGGGGCCUCCUGCUGCUGCCGUGCCGCUGGAGCACGAUUUCUGUUCUCAUCCUGAAGCCAAGUUCUUAACCCGAGGUACUAUUUCUGGGUUAGCGGAGUCUGUAACCUGAAGCGUAUGUAACCCGAGGUUCCACUAUACUUACUCCUAGGCCCAAUCUAGUACUAUUCUGUGCAUGCACACACACAUGGAUUGGAGGGUGGGUAGCCAUAUUGUGCUUGUGCAUUAGUCAUAUUUAUUUAAUUAUUAGAAUCAAUGUGUAUGUUUUUAUUUCCUAAGUGAAAGAGAUGGAUCCUUGCUCCCGAAAGGAGCUUAGUCUAAAUGUUGGCCAUGAGGAAGAAGGCAAAGUCGGGGAGAACAACAGAUUUGGAUAGCAGGCAGGUAUUUGCUGCUUUAAAAAAAUCAGGACAAGUGAAACCCUGGAAGACUUCUAUAUGCUUGUUCUCUCCGGUAUGUGAAUGCUCAUCUGGACUGAAUUCAGUGGAACUGACAUCAACAUGAAUGAGACAAACUUUAAACUCAUUCAGUAUUAGGUUAGCUGUACACAGAUCCUUCUCAGUCCCACGGAGAAGCUUUGAGCACAUAAAUCUCUACAUGAACAUUGCCUCUUUCAUGCUGAAGCCAAGCUGCUGAGGGUAUAGCCACUGGCCAGUGGACACAUUGGAAGGCGCUGCUUACGGGUGCAAUCCUGCAGCCCCUAUCAAUUGUCAGAACAGCUUUUUUGUUUAUCAUUUAAUCUAACAAAAUAUAUCGGUUGUGCUGAAGCCAUGGACAGCGGUAGGGGGGAAAGUGGCUUUUUAAUUUUAUUGUGCUGAACUAGAGCUGCGAACCUACAGAACAUCUCCUAAUUAAGUAGAAAGGAAUGAACAUGUCAUAUUGCUGAUAGUGCAAUUACUUUUCGUUUUGCAUAAAUAAAAAUUGCUUCCACGAAAGAAGAGUAAUUCUGGAGAAAUGAAUCCCCUGUGGUUUGUUUACUCCAGCGCACAGGUGGUCAAAUUUUCCUCCGCUACUUUCAGUGGGGCUCGGGCUUCAGAGCCCUGGGCUAGAGCCAAUCUCAGGAUUAAGAAAAGCCUAAAGGAAAUUCCACAUGACCUCGAGGCCCCCGGCCCGUUUCAGGUUUUGGAAGAUGAUGUCUGAAGAAUCGCAGACAAAGCAAACAACCGCCAGAAUUCCAGACAGCAUGUUGUUGCAUUCAGUUUUCUGGGAAAUGAGACUGAACUAGAAAGCAGGUCAGAGUUUUGGGAAUAGGGGGCUGAGGGCUGGGGGGGGGGGGGAGUGGCAGAAUCCGGUGAGAAUGGAGUAUGAGCAGACGGAAAAAAGAUUCUGCUGCCAAAGGAGCUUGAGGUUGCUACACAGCAAUAGUCUCCAUGGCCAAUCAAACUGCAGCUGCUUGACAAACAGCAGGUUGUGCCAAUAGCAGCUGCUGUAGUAGGGCAGAGCCUUGGAGCCGCCCUCCCAACAUGUGUGCGUCUUCAGCUUCCUUGGAUGGGGAUGGGAUGAAGUAGGCCAGUUGUGAGGUCAAGGCUGGCGCUCCUGCUGGUGUGUCUGCCCAGCCCUGAUCCUGCUCCUGUCCUGCCCCAGCCUCAUCAAGCUAAGCUAUAGCAAGGCUGGGGUUUAGAGGGCAGCUCCCUCCAUACCAGCUGCUACUGGGAAGUGCUGCAUAGAGGAAAAUUUCCUGCUGCCUAACUUUCCCGCAGAAAAUUUUCUGUUCCAUAGGUUUGUAACAACAAAUAUAUGCCAGUUUCAUAUCCAGUCUGAGGCCAGCUUGGCAGUUUCAAAGUGUUUACCUUUAAGCAUGCUAAAUUAGUUUACUCUAGGGCAUCAGAAUGUUAUCCAAUGCAAACUGAAAACUUGCCGAUGGGAAAUAGCCCAAUGCAAAUUUCACUAAUUUGCAAUUCCAAAUUUUCUGGAAAACUCACAUUACUAACCAGGCAGAGGGCCUUCUCGGUAGUGGCGCCCGUCCUGUGGAACGCCCUCCCAUCAGAUGUCAAGGAAGUAAACAACUAUCUGACUUAUAGAAGACAUAUGAAGGCAGCCCUGUUUAGGGAGGUUUUUAAUGUUUAAUGUUUUAUUGUGUUUUUAAUAUUUUGUUGGAAGCCACCCAGAGUGGCUGGGGAAACCCAGCCAGAUGGGUGGGGUAUAAAUAAAUUAUUAUUAUUAUUAUUAUUCUCCAUAGUCUGACAUAUUAUUUUUGUGACCUCCUGGGCCUGUUUCACCAACCCUUAGGUAUGCCUCUGCUGACCGAGACACCUUAGUAAUUAUCAAAAAUUGAUUGAUGGACUAAAUGUUGCUUGCCUACUAAUUAACUAUUUUAAUUACAUUGAUGGAUUUAAAAGAUUGAUUAAAGCGCACUUUAUAGAUGCAUGAUUUGAAUCCAGCGAAUGCAAAAGUUGGAAACAUUUCACAUAACCAGUGAAGGGUUGAUAUGGCCCCAUAGCACUGCCUAUACACUGGGGGUUUUCAUAGGGCAGAGCCAAACACUUUGGCACCCCACAUUUUUCAGUCUUCAAAGGAAAUCUGAAUUUACGUACUGACUGGUGGGGGAAAAAAAUGGAACGUGAAGCUGUUCAUUUCAAACCAUAGCUAUUCUGAAAUAUAACUCCUGUUCCUGGGUAUCCUGUUUUCUGGUUUUCUUUAUAAAAGCGACAACAACAGCAUAUUCUUGGACCAAAGGCACUCAUGGCCUCUUGUGGCUUAUACAUCUGCUGGAGAGCAAGAGGCAGCUGUUAGCGAGGCAGGAAGAAGAAAAUACAAACAAAGGACAUGUUUAAUCUGGGGCUUCUCUUCCCUCACCUUUCGUGACACACAGAUGUAUUUUGGCGGCUCCAUUCACAACAUCACUUUGGAGCGUUUUCCUCUGUUUGCUGCUAUGCCCUGCUGCCACCCAUUUCCUUGCACUUCCACUUGACCUGCACCUACUCCCACACCCCAGCAAAGAGAUUGUGUAUGUAUCCACCUGAAAAGAUCACACUUCUGAUUAAUUGUGCUUGGAAGUCAUAACAAAAAGGGCAACUGGGAACAGGAGAGAAGAAACUUAACAUUUAUCCCUCUUACCUCCCCCACUGCCCCCGAAACAAAUGGGACAUUUGGGGAGGGGAGGUGUAUGUGAAAUUCAGUAGUACAUAGCAGUUUAUGUACAUAGCAGAUGGAUGGUGCUGUAUAAAUAAUCAUAGUUUGCUUGCUUACAAAGCUUGCGUCUCACAUAAGUGACAACUUUGUGCUAAUGCGCAGAUCAGCCUUUGCCAACCCAGAUGCGUUUACAAAUUAUAUAUUAAGUAUUAAGUUUGUAUACUGUCCUUCACAGAAUGGUUCACAACAUAAUACAAAAUGUGAAGGCGAAAUAAAACAUAAAGCAAACCAAUAACCCUCUUCCCACAAACAUAUUUAGGUGAGCUUCUCUGGGGAAAGCAUACCACAAAUGGGGAACCACAGCAGAAAAGGCCCAUUCUCGUGGUGCCACCCUCCAGGCCUCUCAUGAAGGGGCGCAUGAAAAAGGGCCUCAAAUGAUGAUCGCAGGGUUUGAGUCAGUUCAUAUGUGGAGAGAUGGUCUUUGAGGUAUUGAAAUUUGUGGAUGGGUAUAAAUGAAUCUGUCAGUUUUUGUUUCUUUCUCAGGAUCCCAUUUCCCAGUCUGAAAUUCAGUUCUCCACAUUUUCACAUCAAGCUGAGUUUUUUUUUUUUUUUAACAAAAGAAGAUUCAUCAACAGUUUUGGUGUGAAUCUCUCCCAAUGCGUACACAUUUUUUUGGGGUAUGCAGUUUGGACUAAUAUGUACCUUUUUUGCUCCAUCAGUUCUCCUUAAUUUAAUGCAUUAUUUUAUUUUAUUUUCCAGGAAAAUAUUUUUAUGUACGCUUUCUUCCAACAGAGGCAAUUUUUUUUGUAUACAUUGUUUGAUUGGAGAACUGCAACAUAAAAUAUGGAGAAGUGUAAAUUUUGGAGGACAGUGGUGCGCUUGUUUUGCUCAUCGGUUUGAGAAAUGUGACUGCUAGCAGUUUCUGAUUAAAAUGCAAACAUAAUUGAUACCCCCCCAAUCCCUAGCUACAACUCCCAUUAACCCCAGUCAGCAUGGCCACCAUGCUGGCUGGGGCUGAUGGGAGGUAUAGGCCAAAACAUCUGGAGGGCACCAGGUUGGCAAACCCUGACUUAGAAGUUCAGUUGAAUGUUGUGAAUCUAGGUUCCCUAACCAUGCUGUAGAUGCCAUUGAUCUUCUGUGUUUUUUUAAGAGAUAUUUAUUAAAGUUUUUAAGGUAUAACAAAGAAAUGUAAAAUAAAAAAAACAUACAAAAUAAAAACAGUUAAAAACACAUUAAUUUUCCAUAGCAUAUCUUCCUUACACUUAUUUCCCCGGACCUCCUCGUACCUCCCUUUUUUGUAUUCCAGUUCAGUUUGUUAGUUCAGCAAAUCCUUACCAUUAAGCUUUUACCCAUUUGUGAACCUUUUUUCAUAUCUCUUAAAGCAUUACAGCUGGAAACCACUUAGUUUCUAUCCAACAUCCUUCUAAGAUUCAUUAAUUUUACAAUAUGUAAAACAUGAGUAAACAUGCACAUGGUUAGGUUUUGCAGAUUUGGAUCUUGACUUUGGGUUUUGCAAAGCUUUUCUUUUUGAAGGAUCAUAAUGUUUCCCAAGCAGGCGCGCUGCCUUGCCCCCUGCAACUGUGGGUGCCCAGUGUGUGCUGAUGUCACCGCCACAUGCACUUGUGAUGUCAGCAGGUCCUGUGGCAUAGAACCUUUGGGGGGAGGCAGCCCCUUCGUUCAAAAUUUGUAGGUGCCUGGGCACCCAGGGCCCUGCAUAGUUAUCACCUAUGUUCCCAAGUGAAGCCAUUUGCUGAUACGUAAAAUGCAAGGGGUCCUAUUUACUAGAGAGGGAAGAAUGGCGCCAAAUAGAUUUGCAUAAUAUGUAGCUUAUUGAGGAAGAACUUCAGUGCAUAGCAAGUGAAAGAAUACUGAAGGGCUGGGUGGGGGGAAGGGGCAAUAGUCUAAUGUGGCCGUAUAUUUUAUUAAAGCAUCGCUAGGUAAUUUGGCUGUCUUGCUAGAGGCAUACAAGGCAUAUAUCAGAUGCAAGACAGCCUACAAUUUGUCUUUUCCACCCCUGGGCUCCGAUUUUUCACAAUACAGGUCCCUGAAUAUAUACCCACUUCUGGCUCUUUGGAUCAGCAUGUCAACAUUUAUGUGCCUGUUUUAUCAUUCAGAUGUGGGAUUUAAGAUCCCUGUUAUUAGAAUUAUCUUCCCUGGGGUGGCCGAGACUCUAAAAGGAAGUCCAUGCUUUGCAUAUCGUAGCACCAUUCCAGCAUUCAGUGAAUAGUUUUAAAAGGCCUGUUAGAGAUUGCCCUCUAGGUAUCUGGAAUGGAUGCAUCUAUCAUUCUAAGACUGCACAGAUUGCUUGCUUACAGGUUGGCAGGGAUAUUCUUCUUAUUCCUUAUCUGGUAGUAACCUCAGAGCCCAGAGUGUUCUUUUUGCUACGGGGUGUGGAGAAGACCCUUGAACUCAUAUCCCCUUAUAUUUAGAUGCUAGUUCCCCAAGAAGCUUUCCACAUGUGAUUGAAAGGUUUCACGUGAUAGGUGGGCACACCAUGUGAGCACGGUCAAUUUGUAUAUACAGUGAACAAACGCAAAGCCUCUAGGACUGCCAACUCCUGCAGUAAAUCUAAUAUAUUUGUGAGUCCAGAAAAAAGAAAAGCAACAACAGACUAUUGCAGCCUUGUAAGUAAGCCCACAAAACUUACAAUGCCUGGAAAAAAACAACAACCAGCAAACAAGCAAGGGAACAAAAACCUACCACACUGAUUUCCCUGCCUUAUUUUAGUGCAGGGGUUGCCAACGUUGUUCCCAUCUAAAUGUUGUUGGACUACAGCUCCCAUCAUCCCUGACCACUGGACCCGCUCGCUAGAGGUGAUGGGAAUUGUAGUCCAACAACAUCUGGGGACCUGAGGUUGAGAAAGGCUGUUCUAUUGCUUUGGCAAGCUUGACCUAAUUAGUUUAUGAUCUUUACUGACAUGGAAGAAUGGCAUCUAGAUUUUAUUUUCUAAAAUUUCAGGUACAAAAAUGUGUUAGUGCGUUUCUGGACCCCGUUCAUCCUAAAGGAUGAACCACAGGUGAGACCAGUGGUUGGUUCUUUUGACCUUUUCCAAGGCUUUUAGCAGAUAAGAUGAAAUUUACUCAGAGUCCUGCAGUGAUUUCAUGCUCUUUAUUGCAGCUUGUAAAACAGUGAUUGAAUUUUCCCCCAAACCGCAGGCUUUUAUAUACAGUGGUACCUCUAGAUACGAACGGGAUCCGUUCCGGAGUCCCGUUCACAUCUAGAAGCAAACGUAACUAGUGAUGGCACGUCUGUGCACACACGCGUCACUUUUCGCUGCUUCUUCACAUGCGCGUGAUGUCAUUUUGAGCGUCUGCGCAUGCGCAAGCGGCGAAACCCGGAAGUAAUGCACUCUGUUACUUCCGGGUUGCUGCGGAGCACAACUCGAACGCCCUCAACCCAAAGCACAUUCAACCCGAGGUACGACUUUACAUUAUUUACACAACGAGUCCCGUCUGAUUGGCUGAUUCUACUUCCUUCCAGUAGCCUGAUUGGUCUUCUCCUGCAGGCCAAUCAGUUGUUGCGUUCUACGAUCCUACCAGCCUAAUAGGCUAAUUAACUUCCUCCUGGAGCCUGCUUGGUCUUCUCCUGCAAGCCAAUCAGUUGUUGCAUUCUAGGAUCCUACCUGCCUAUUGUUCUAGGAUCCAAGCUUAGGGUGGUUCUGUGUCCUUCACCCAGAGAAUUGUCCUCUGUAUUUGUCUGAAGGGUAACUUGGUCCAAAUCCAGUUUAGAGAUAAAGCACCAUAAGAGGGAAGAGGAGGGUCCUUGAUGAUGACCAUCACUAGUUUGCACCUGUACAACAGGUAGCAGUCUUCCUUAUUAUGAGGUGGAUUAUGUUUCCAUUUGCAUUAUAGUAGCUAUUUCUAAAAUAUUGUGUAUAUGCGUAAGUUAGCAGAUGCAAAUAUCAUCCUCUUUUUUUUUAUUUUGGCAAUUCAUAAAUGGCCACCCUAAGUAAGAAGUGUUUGCAUUUGACUGAGGCCAGGGUGUUUUGGGAGAAGGCGUAUUAUGUUUCACUCUUUCUCACUGUGCCAUUUCCUCAAUCCAAAAUUACUUUCCAGUCUCUGAAGCUGCUAGUUUUCCCUAUGGGGAAAAUUACAAAUAUCAGCCAGGUUUUGGGUGUGUGUGUGUGUGUGUGCAUGCAGGGAUGAAGGAUGGUGGUGUGCGGGGGGGGGGGGGGAGGAGAAGAAAAACUUUCCCUACAGCUGUGUCUUUAAUCCAGUGGUUCUCAAAGGGUGUUGUGCACCACACUGAUGUGGCAGGAGAGGAUGACAAGCGUGGCAGGAAAAUUCAAGGACAAUCAAAGAAAUGUUUAAACAUUUCAGGGUAGUAUAGUAUCAAAGUUUUUGUGUGUGCAGAAUAUGGAUAGAUAAAUUUUCAAAACGAGAGCAAGAGCAUCAUAUGAUAUUACAAGCUCACACCUCUCACUGAUUUUGCAUACCUACUUGAGGUACAUAUGUAAGCGAUUCAUUUGUAUUUGGGGAAUGAUUCAUGUUAUUAUGUAGCUGCAUUGUUUUAUGCUUUCUGACUGUCCCUUGAUCUUAGUAUAAAAUAGCUGUGUUCUGUGUUACAAAUCAAAGACUGCUAGAAGUUGUUUCCUUUUUGUUUUCCAGUGUAUCAAUUAAAAAAUCGGCGAAGUGGGAGCAAAUUUUUAUUCUGAAAGUGUGGCCCAGAGGGGAAAAAAGCUUGAGAACCACCACUCUAAUCAAAUGUAGACCUUGACAUGUGAAAUAUGUGCAUGGAGGCAGCAUCCUGAGAAUUGCUUUCACACUCUUUUGUUAGAAAAUGCAGACUGGGGCAGUGUGUGAAUUGGCCCUUGGAGCAAUGCCGUUGCAUGCGUACCAGAGCCGUAACCUGAUUUAUUUGUUUGUUGAAGGGACAGGGUGUUUGUCCACCCUCUUCCAUCGUGCCCUUGCAGCAGCAUGAAAGUGUUGUGUCUGAAUAAUGUUUCCCCUUCUUCUGCGUCCCUUCUCUUGGGAGUACAGUGGUACCUCGGGUUACAUACGCUUCAGGUUACGGACCCUGCUAGCCCAGAAAUAUUGCUUCAGGUUAAGAACUUUGCUUCAUGAUAAGAACAGAAAUCGUGCUCCAGUGGCCCAGCGGCAGUAGGAGGCCCCAUUAGCCAAAGUGGUGCUUCAGGUUAAGAACAGUUUCAGGUUAAGUACGGACCUCCAGAACAAAUUAAGUACUUAACCUGAGGUAUCACUGUAAUUCAGGUCCGGAAUUUCUGAGUGUUGACAGAAAAGGCAGCAAGUGCUGAGCAUUGUGGGGAGCCAAAUCUGGUAAACAAGCCCUGACAGGUCAUAGGCCACUUUAUGGGAACUCUUCAGAAUGACAAACCAUGCAAAAUUACAAAACAAACACGGUAUUCUCUAAGGGCACAUGAAUACAGGCCGUACAAUACAUCCCGCUUUCACAAGGCAUUAACUCCAGGGAAAUGUAGGCCUUGGUCAUUUUUUAGGAAUCAAAUUCCUCCCUCCAUCCCUUCCUGUGAGUCGACCUGUUUUGGGUCACCUCUUGAGCUAUUUCAGCCCUUCCCAGUUUGAACAGUUUCUGGUUGCUUGUUGCUUGUUGGUGACUCCAUUUUUGUAUUUCUGCCCUGAGGAACAGGCGGUGCCCAGAAGAGGCAUAUUUCAUGCCUAGUGAAGGGCAGUUGUUGAUGUUAGAACAGUAACUAGCAAAGAGUUGCAUCAGAGACAACUCAAAGAAAGAUGACACACAAUCAAGAGCCCUGUUGGCCUUUUGGGAAUGAACUGCCUAUGAAGGAAAUGUAGAAAUGGCCUCUGCACGAGGUUGCGUCCAUAAUCAGCUUGACUAAUUAGUGAUUGCCACAGAAAUGUCUUAUGAGUUUGCAUAAUCUAUUUUUUUGAAACCAUGUGCAGUAUCUAUCUUUAUGUAUUAGCUGCAAUACAAACAGAUUAUCAAAAGCUUACUUGAUUUUUUUUCCUAAUACCACAAAGGGCGUGUGCACGAGAGAAUGAAAAUUGCUGCCCAAGCGUCUCUCUCUUUGGUGUUCACUCGUAGCCGAGUAAGAUUGUCUUCCAUAAACACGGUUUUAACAAUGAGUCCGUAAGUGACUGUGGAGGCCAAUUCUGGAUCCACACGUCCUUCCACAGUGGGGACAUAGGUUUCCGGGCGGGUGUUGAUCAUGGUGAGGGUUUGCCACAGUAAGCAAAGUACCAGUACUUGAAAACGGGUACACACAGUGAUUUUGCAACUCCUGUGAACUGGACAUUGUGUCUGAGUGAGACAGUGCACGUAUUUUUGUUCAGACACACUGUCUUCUCAGCAGUUAGAAAGCAAACCUUCCCCAAACCAGAGUCAAUAUUAGGAUGGCAGGAGAUGGAUAGCUAUGAGACCCCUAUUUCCCUGCCAGAGCUACAAUUCCCAGUUUCCUGUGAAGAGGGAUUGAUUUUUAAACCUCUCUGGGAAUUGUAGCUCUGUGAGGGGAAUAGGGGAAUCACAUAACAGCUCUCAGCGCCCUUAACAAACUACAGUCCCCAGGAUUCUUUGGAGGAAGCCAAAGACUGUUCAUAGUGAUAUGAUACUACAGUGGUACCUCGGGUUAAGUACUUAUUUCGUUCCGGAGGUCCGUUCUUAACCUGAAACUGUUCUUAGCCUGAAGCACCACUUUAGCUAAUGGGGCCUCCUGCUGCUGCCGUGCCGCUGGAGCACGAUUUCCGUUCUCAUCCUGAAGCAAAGUUCUUAACCUGAGGCAAUAUUUCUGGGUAGCAGAGUCUGUAACCUGAAGGAGCAGUUUACUGGUUAUUCCAAAAUGGGCCAUUUAUGGCCAGAAAGAAAGCCAUUUGGAGGAUGGAGACAGGAGCGUAUCCUUAUCGAGAAAGGGAGACAGCCACAGCAAAUAUUGCUGUUUUCUGUUUCAUGUUGUUCCAAACAGAGCUCUGUGUUAUGCAGCUGCCUGAGGUAACUUUACGCAAGCCGUAUCUCUUAGUCAUGCUUCUCUUAAAUCAGGCCACAUUUCAGCUACUUUUCACUGCUGGCCUCAGCAGAGAGAGUCCUAGAUAAUAAACAGGCCACAACGACUGGGUCAAGGUAACCUUGGGAUACGCUUAUGUGAUACCUUGUUGUUGUAGAUAGAAGGGGGACGCGCCACUCUGCUUGAUCUCUGAGGGGUUGCAGCAGCAACAAUAAUUUGUCAGCAUCCUCCUUUAAAUAACUGUGUAGGGGCCGUUCCCUUUCCCUUGGUAGCUUGAAAGUGAGAAAAGAAAACCACUCUUUCCAGAUCCGGUGUGUCACAUUAGUUUCUUCUGCACAUGUCUUCUGGUAUUAAAUUAUACCUGUACAAAUCUGUAUCUCUUCCUCUCCCCGCUUUUUAAAUAAAUGAAGCCAAAAGAGAGACAACAGUGCUUAAAUGUACAGAUGUUUAAAUGCACUUACUCGCAAGCAUGCUAAGAACUAGCAUUUCGAACUCGAUUUCAUUAGGAGGGAGGGAGGGAGCUGAAGCAUAAAAACUGCAGUUAGCUCUUCAAGAAGAAGAAGAAGAGGAAGAAGAAGCAUAAGCAUGAGCAUACACUUCAGUGAUCAUCUUCUGCAAUGCCUGGAUUCUUCAUUCUGAAAGAUUGCUAUGAAACUUGAAAGCACUGCAGAUUCCUAUCCAGCAGUUGGCUCAUGAAACUAUCACCUUGCUUAAUCCUUCUUGCAAGCCACGCAGCGAGAGCACUCACUAUAACAAAUUGCUAAGUUUCUUCAGUGCUUAAAAAUAGUCGCAAACACUUCAUAAACUGAGGCCAAGGCAUUUCGCUCGGCAGGAAAUGCUGCAACCCACGGUUUCACUUAUCUCUCCGAAAGGUCAUGAUAUUUCCCAGCAAUGAUUACUUUAUAACACGUCUCUGCCCUUUGUGUACGUAUUGAUAUGAAGAUGUCCCAACUUGUUUGAAAGUUACGGGACCGAUAGGAAAGGGCUGCAGAAUUCACACCAUUGACAAAGCUCCCCACAUCCCUUAGAUUGAGGUUUAUGUUCUUGCAAGAUACUCCCAAGAAAAGAGUAAGUUAAAAACAUCUCACAGGUCACUGUGCUCGGAGAAGGCUCAGCACAGAGAAUAUUAUAUUAUUUUAUUGUCAAGUUUCAGUUGCUCUGAUUACUUGGUUGAGCUUGUUGCAGAAUGUUCUGGAACAAGACCACAGUCCAGCACAAUGAAGAGCACUUUAGCCUAGUGUUCCUCAGUGAUCUUCUCUGUGUUUGACUGGAGCCAUAAACCUCUUGAAAAUAAAACUAAUUAUUUUAGGAUGCUGCAUGUGGAUGUAAGCUUCUGAAAAAGGACUGAGGGUUCAUGCACUUAAAUUGGCAAAGUUAAUCAUUCUGAGAAUCUAGAUCUUUUCUAGCUGUCCUUGGCCAAAAUCUCCAUCAAGGCUGCACAUAAUAGACACUGUAUCAUCAAUAUUAAGUGCAUUGAAAUGUAAUUUAAUCCAUAAAUGUAGAUGCAGUUGGGAAAAGUCUUUUCUCUCAGAUCGGAUUGGCUAGUAACCAUGAAGUGGAAUAUGGUGGAUGUUGUUGUUGUUGUUGUUUUUUAGGAGGCCAAGGGAAGCUUUUAUCCAGAGCUCAUUUGAGUUUCCUGGGACUGUCUGUGCCAUUUUAGUCCUGCAUACUUUGUUCCAGUACAUUCUUUGCUUAAAUGGCACACCAUGCAUAGUUUGUGUGGAAUGAUCCUUGGAGGGUCUGGUUAUCCUACUACGUACAGGAAUUUUCUUUCUUUUAAUCAGUGGUCAAAUGGGGCUGCUUCAUUUCUGUGUAUCGGGUACAGUGAAGGGAGUCUUCAGGCUUGUGAGAUCUGUUUUGAUGUUUACUAGAAUCCCGAGGUCCACCAACCAGAGCCAAGUACAGAAUAGUGGCUGGAUAAUGAGAGCACAGCUAUCAGUGCUUGACUUCUGGUUGAGCCCAGUCAGGCCUCUGUAGCACAAGGGUCAACCAACAUUAAAAACAUCUCACCGCUAGAUAGUGCUGCAGCCUUUCUUCACAGAGUUCAUAAUACAGGCUUGCUUCCAAUCCAAAGGCUGGGCUCACUCAAAAGGCCUGAGACCUGACAGCUUUCUCUCCUUUACUCUCUUAUCCACACACGUUUUGGCCACAUUCACAGAGGACAUUUAAAGCACUACAAUGCCAUUUUAAACAGUCAUGGCUUCCCCCAAAGAAUCCUGGGAGCUGUAGUUGGUUAAGGGUGCUUAGAGUUGUUAGGAGGCUCCUGUUCCCCUCCCAGAGCUACAGUGGUUUAAUCACCACAGGGAACUCUGGGAAUUGUAGCUCUGGAAAAGGGAAAAGGGGUCUCCUGACUUCUCUCAGCAAUGGCCUUAUAACACACUACAGCUUCCACAAUGGGGAUGCUGUUACGGUUUCUAGAGUGGCGUUUUCAGCAAGACUUAUAAUGGCUCUUUGUAAACCUUUUGCAAGAGCUUUGUCCCUGACUACACCACACCCUUUCACCACGGAUGUGGGACUUGGGAUACUUGCACCAGUUGAAAGGCACAGCUCAUGUCACCCACGGUCGCGGUGGUCCAUGGGUAUUUUAAAGGAGCCUAAACGUUCCUCAGAACUUGCCAUUUCACAAAGCCAAGCUUAACUAAGGAUGUUUCUUGGAAUGGCCCCACACCUCCCUUGGGAGUUUGCCUAAUUCCUGCCACAUUUGUUGUUCUCCUUUGUUGUCAGGCUAGGACACAUUGGCUGCAAUAAAAGCCCAGCAGCUUUGGAUGUGUCUCCCCCCCCCCCCAGGGCAGUCUUAGCUCUGCUGCCCAUUCAAAAUAAAGGAUUUUUUUUCUUUCCAAAAUCCCUCAUAAAUUGCACAGGCAAUCUGGCACCUAACUAGACCAGAGACUACAUUCACAUUUGCAUUUGAUGUGCAUAUUUUUUUAUAUAUACAGUGGUACCUUGGUUUACAACCAUAAUCCGUUCCAGAGAUCUGGUUGUAAACCAAAACAGGUUGUAACCCAAGGCAUGCUUUCACCAGUGGGGCCUCCCCCCCAAAAAAUUAAUCCAAAAAAUCCAAAAAAAUGGGUUGUAAUCCAAAAAAAGGGGACACGCACUUCCGGGUUUGAUGUGGUUGUAAUCCAAAACCGUUGUAAUCCAAAGCGGUUGCAAACCAAGGUACCACUGUAUUUAAAAAAAGUGAAUUGCAAUGACUGAUGUAGAAACAUAAUUAAUGAUAUUUCAGUAACUAUCAGCCUUCUCCCAGUUUUGCAGUCUGCAUUUUUAAAAGCCCGCAUGAUGCAUUUUAUGCCCUGUCUAAUUUGACCCCAUGGCAUUUCUCUUACUCUGAUUUUAUUUUGUUUUAAAAGACUUGGCUGCUAUAUUCCUUAGUGCUAUGAUGAAAGGAAAAACAACAACACGCCCCUCUCCUGAGAUACAUACCCCUUAGCCGGCUUCUUUAUGAAAGUAUCCAAAAACUCAGUUUAUCAACUCCAGGCUGUAACUGUGAAGAUCGAUUCUAGAAAAUCUUUAGGUGAUUUAACAGGGAAUGAUUUUCCCCAGCCCCAUUUUCUUUCACUGUUCUUUACACUGAGAAGAAGGGUAACAAAACAGUUUUAACAUUUGUGUAGGAGUACAGAAAGCCAAGUUAUAGUACCGAUGAGAGACUAGUUGUGCCUCUAUUUCCAGUCAGCAAUUAAAUAUUUUUAAAUUAAACAUGUCAGUGGGUUGUUUUAAAAGUAAUAAAUUAUUUCUAGCAUGGGAGAAACAUCCUGUAAGAUUAUGGAGAUGUAUCAUUCCACCGGUCUGGGGGAUAUUAUUCAUCAGGAAACAAAAACAAAGGGAUGUGUGUUGAAGUAUUGUUGUUUAAAAGAGAAAAAUGGUUAAGAGUUAAAGGUUCAACAAUUUACUGGGUUGCCAGGCCCAACCCAAAGAAACUACCUGUGACUUUAAUAGCUUUUUUUUUUUUUUUGGUAGUACUGAUGUCUUUGAUCUAAAGUUGGUAGCUUAAUUUUUAUUCCUUCUUUUUCUCUACCCACCCCAGUUCAUUCAAUUAUGGCAGUUAAGACAUAAGGUUCCCAGGCAGUCUCCAAAGGCCCAGUGUUAGAAAUUAGCCAGGCGCCAGGUGUGUUUUGCAACUAGUGCGGGUCCAGUUGCAACCAUGUGGAGAUCUCUAGAUGCUAGAUUGGCGGCUGGGAAAGGUAAAGGUAAAGACGACCAAAGGUAAAGGUAAAGGACCCCUGGAAGGUUAAGUCCAGUCAAAGGCGACUAUGGGGUUGCAGUGCUCAUCUUGCUUUCAGGCCGAGGGAGCUGGCGUUUGUCCACAGACAGCUUUCCAGGUCAUGUGGCCAGCAUGGCUAAACUGCUUCUGGUGCAACGGAACACAGGGCUGGAAACCAGAGCGCACACAAAUGCCCUUUACCUACCCGCCACAACGGUACCUAUUUAUCUACUUGCACUGUUGUGCUUUUGAACUACUAGGUGGGCAGGAGCUGGGAAAGAGCAACGGGAGCUCACUCUGUUGUGCAGAUUCAAACUGCCAACCUUCUGAUCAGCAAGUCUAAGCGGCUCAGUAGUUUAGGCCACAACGCCACCUGUAACCCAGGUUUAAGGUGCCAUUUAGCGAUUAGAUUAUAUACCUGAGUUUCUAACACUGUCCACUUCUUUGCUCCCUGCUUACAGUAGUAUCUCCCUACAUCCCUCCAAAAGUGGCCCCUGUAGUUGGGCUCUGGGACGGCACUCUGUUAGACAAAGUGGGCCUCUAGAGUAGAUGUGGAGGAUCUUUGGCCCUCCAGGUGUUGCUGGACUUCAUCUCCCAUUAUUCCCCUGCCAUUGGCCAUGCUUGUUGGGACCGAUGGAAGUUGUAGUCUGGUAACACCUAGAGGUUCAAAGAUUCUCCACACCUGUUCUAGAGGGAGAUUUUUGAAUUCCUGCAUGUACACUAUGGUGCUACUGUGAUCCUGUAUUUUGUUGCUUCAGCACAGUCUUAACUCCAGUAGGGGAGUUUCUGCAUAGUUUUGUCUCAAGUUCACUCAUUCGUAUUGUUUUCUGUGCUAUGUAUAUUUGGAAAAUGGCACCAUUGUUCGAUGCUGGGGUUAUAUGUCUGGGUUCCUUUCCCUUCCUCCCCAUGGUGGAACGAAGCACUCCUGUAUCAUUAACUUAGUGCUUUCUUGUGUUUUUAUUGCCUUUUAAUGGGAACAUACAGCAAUAAUUGGCACUUAGAAAAAUAUUAUGCUUUUAAGCAGCAUGUAUAACAAUGGGAAAACAUUCCAUCCCAAAAUAUUACCGUCUUUCUCUAUUCCUCUUUUGCUAAUGAACGUAAAAGCUCUUUCCAAAUUUCAAAUGGUGACUCUGACUGCAUUCCAAAUGAGUCUUUGACUUAAUUUUAGCUUUUGAUAUGUUUUAGCACAAUUAAUAUGUUUUGGCCUGGUUUCUAGCUAGGUUUUCAAAUGUGGCUAUUGGUUACUUUCAGUUGUAGUCACGGAGUAGUUUUGUGGGUGGCUAAGGUGUGCUUGGGGGCAUCUGCAGGCACCGCGUUGGUGACCCCCGAGCUAUGGCAUAUAUCUGUGAACCUCUUAAAAUGCCCUCUGGUCUGACAUCUGACAGUGGAAUGCCUCUGGCUGACAUCUCUAGUAAAAGCAGAAAAAUUUCCAUUCAACUCUUAACAGCUGGGCUUUUCCACUUGGAGGAUGAUUGAUGCCAACAUAUAAUUUGUAUAUUAUGCUGGCUGUGUGACUUUCAUCGUGAGUUAUGGAGAUCAAAGUGGAUUUGCAGCUGGGUUUCUCACAUCUAAAUACCAACACUCUAUGGUAUCAUUGGCCCUUAAGUUAUGGACUCUGAAGCACCCUUCAUUUUCGCAGGACUCAGAAAGUCCCUGGCAUCUCCAGGUAGGGCUGAGAGUCCAUGCCUGAAACUGUGGAGAGCUGCUGUCAGUCAGUGUAGACAGUACUGAGCUUGAUGAAUCAGUGGUCUGACUCAGUGUAAGGCAGUUUCCUUGUAUGUGAGCAGGUACAACUGUCCACUAAGGCCUAAUUAGUAUGUCUGCUUCCUGUGCCAUUUUGGUGAUAUUUGGAGGGAAUCAAUACAGGGGCAGAAUGACCGAUCCUGUUAGUUUCAUGCCAGCUUCGUUGAGUGAUACAAGAAUUGAGCUUUUAUUCUGUGACAUAAUAGAAAGAAGGUGCACUGUUUUAUUGUAAAGAUGGGCCACGCAAUUAUUCCCACACCCUUUAUACCAAGGGUGGGAGCAAGACAGAUCUCCAGGCUUCUAUAGUCAGGGAAAAGCCGGAACUCACCAGAACUGUGUUCCAGCACUUAUUUUGUGUGUUGUGGCAGCCCCGUAGUGUUGUGGUGCUGUCCCCACUCAGGGCUGUGCAAUGCGGGCAGGGUGAGCCGGUGAAGAAGAGAAGUCUUGCCCCCCCUAAAGAAAGCUCAACAACUUUGGGUGGACGCUCCCUGCAAAGUCCCGACACCCCUUUUUCUAUAAAAAAGCCCUUUCUAUAGUGUUUGUUUGCCAGAAGGCAUCAAUGUGACUUACAGCAAACAGUAGAAAAGGUUCUGGCAGUGCUUCCCUCCUCUCCGGCUUGCUCAGGUGCGGUGUUAAGGCUCUUUCUAGCAUCCUCUGGUCCCUGCACCUCUUCUCCACUGGAGGUGGGGCUUUCCUCCUCGCCGGAAGAGGAACGGCUUCGCAAGAUUUUCAGAUUUUCGGAGGCUCCCUGUAAUACAACUCCCCCUCUAUCUCUCGCCUCUGAGUUGAUGGCAGUUCCCUGACAGGUUCAAAUCCUCGCUCAGCCAUGAAGCUCACUGGGUGACCUUGGGCCAGUCACUGCCUCUCAGACUAACCUACCUCACAGGGUUGUUGUGGAAAUAAAUUAGGAGAGCGAGAACCAUGUAUUACACCUUGAGCUUCUUGGAGAAAGAGGUGGGUAUGAAUGCAAGAAAGAAGUAAAUAGGAUUAAUUAAUAAAGAUUAUUUGUAAACAAAUACGACACAACUGUCAUAGAGGCAAACUGCUGAGAACCAAGAAUGACCAUGCGCUAAUUCCAAACAAAGCCCCUACCUUAGGGUUGCCAUGUGUCUGGAAUUUCCUGGACAUAGCCGGGAUUCGGCCGUCAGAAACAGUGUCUGGGUAGAAAUCGUUCAAUGCCUCUGAAAAUCCGGACGUAUGUUGAAAGUGUAGAUUUUGGCAAAUUUUGCAGCAACUUCUGCGUCUGGAUUUUUACCUUUUGAAAUAUGGCAACUCUACCUAGUCUAUCUCAGCAUGAUCACCGUACGAAUGAAGAAAGCCGAUAAAUAGCCCUCACUAGCCCUGUUCCACAACCUCCUUGAGUGCAUUUGGCCCAGCUUGAAUGUCUCCUCGAAGUGUGACAAGGCCUCUUGCUUUUGGUCUGGUUAGACAAUGGUGGGGUUUGAGGUUGUGGGUGUUGUAGGUGCCUCUGGAAUGUAGCCUGCUGUACAAAGUUCAGGUCAUAGCCAUAGCCAUAACAUGCCCCCCGCCCCCCGGAAGACUGUCCAUUGGGGAAAGUUUCUCCUCCCUGCUUUAUUCACUCAUUUCGUGUCCUGAGUGAUUUGCGGCCUUCCACAGUGUUGAUUGUGCUUCUAUGGAUGGCUCUCGAAUUACAGGCAUAGUUCAAGACUUUAUAUUUUCUGUGAUUGCUCAGGGAAGAACAAAGGCAAGUAAUGGAUAAAACAGCGCACUGAAAAUGACUCCACUUCUCCAAAGAUAAAUAUUGUUACAGCUUUAUCAUCCAAGCUAUGAAGUAGGCUGAGAAGGCUGCAUUCAUCAUUUCCUACAUCAUUUGCAUUCUAAGGAGUUUUCUUUUUAAAAGUCUUAGCAUAUUUCCACCCCCCUAACCUUUCAGAAACUUAAAUAUAUUGAGGAAAGGAGGAAGUAUUGUUGGAUAUUAAAUCCGUUACUACCAACAAAGCGAGGGUCGGGGGGUGGGGGAACCUGGAACUGGUCCGUAGGCCCACCUGUCAAUCACCUGACAUCAUGUCCGGUGGCCUUUAUUUCUGCCGGCAGGGGUCAACAGAAGCCCCUUUCAAAGCACUGUCUUGAGCAGUGGUUUGAAAGCCUUUCCCAGUGGGCUGGGGUGCCAGAGGUUCCCCACCCUUGGACUAAGAGACAGUGUGUGCGUGUGCGCGUGCGCAAGAGAGAGAUAUUUCAAAACCCAGCUUUCAUUUCUGGGAGAAAAGGGUUUGUCCUUCCUUUCUAUGGUUUCCACCAGCCUCCUUUGCCCCAUGAGUGUGAAGGCAAAUGGCCUCUGUGUCAGCAUUGACAUGUUCUGCCAUAGCCUUUCCCCUUCACAAAGGGGUUGGGAAAUGCUUCUGCCUCAACUGGGCCCUAGUUUUCCCCACCGUCUGCUUUAUCUGGUGGAGCAGACUUCGUCCUGGCCAGCUGCAUUUAACAGAUGGUGCGGCUAGUGCUUAAGAUAGUAGGGAGACAGAGCAACAAAAUGACGGCAGGUCCCAGAGAUCUAAGUUGGUGCAUCACACUGUUUAUAUACUUCACUUAUUGCUUUUGGGGCCAGGAAUAUUCAUUGAACACAAAGCAUGCUAACUGCAGUGCUGCUGGGGGAACCUGAUCCAAGCUGGCCAGGAGCCUCUUCAUUAUUUUCCUGGCGAAACACAUGUCUGUCAUGUCACCACUGCAGUCAUAAUCCUCUGUGUAUGUGUGUGUGUGCUGUCUAUGCCAUUGUUUGUGUGCAUAUAUUUCACAAUAAACCAUACUGCACUGAAACAAUCUACUAAACAAAGGCAGCUGUUCAAACAGCUCAGGACUCGAGGAGUGUGUGCUUGUAGUGUUGGAUGUUAUUCUUGGCAACUGCAUCUUGUUUAACUUGGGCUACAGUCCACUCGCUUUCUCCUGCUGAAUGUCACAAGGCAGAACCCACAAUUGGAUCGCCUCUCUCUUGUCACUUAAGGGAAGCCAUUCUGUAUCACCUGUGGUGAAGGGUGAGCAAGAAAUGCCUGGAAAGCAGGUGGAGAAUUUUGUGCUUUGAAAGGGAAGGGCCCUAGCUCAGCUUUGGAUGGUGAAGGCUCCAGAUUCAAUCCUUGGCAUCUCCAGGCAGGACACAGAGAGAACCCUGUCAGAAACCCGGUCAGUCAGUAUGGACAAUGCCAGUGGCGUAACAUGGGUUGCCAGUGCCCGGGGCUGCGUGGAGGAAGAGUGGGACGGAGUACACAUGCACCUUCAACUGCCUAAUGGUGUCUGUAUUACCCAGAAGAUUGCAGCUGCAGAGAUAAGAAGAAUCACCUGGAGAAGUCACUUCCUGGUUUGCAUACAGAAGCGUUUUCAGCUUCUCAUGCUCCUAUGUAAGAAUAACAGAGAAAUAAGUAGACCGCCUCUCCCAGUAAAUAGCAACACCCUAGUGGACCUGGGCCCUAAGGAAGUUAGAUUAGCUUCAACCAGAGCCAGGGCCUUUUCAACACUGGCUCCGGCCUGGUGGAACGCUCUGCCUCAUGAGACCAGUGCCCUGCAGGAUCUGAUUUCUUUCUGCAGGGCCUGUAAGACAGAGUUGUUCCACCUGGCCUUUGGUUUGGAGCCAACUUGAUUCCCUCCUCCUCUUUCUUUUUCCUUUUUCCUUUCUCCUCCUGUGAUGAGGCUGCAUUUUAAUAUUUUAUUGUUUCAAUAUUUUAAUGUUGUAUUUUAAUCUUGUUUUUAAGUUGUAUUCAUUCAACUUGUUUUUAUUAUUGCUUGUUAGCCACCCUGAGCCCGGCCUUGGCUGGGGAAGGCGGGGUAUAAAGAAAAAUUAUUAUUAUUAUUAUUAUAUUAUUAUUAUUAUUAUUAUUAUUAUUAUGAGGUUUUUUUUAAAAAAAUUCUUUAUUCCAUUUCAUUAUAAACAUAGAUACAAAUAUAUAUUUGAAGAAAAAUGGUGAAAAACUGAUAAGCACCUGCAUGAAUAAGAGAGGGGUUGGAAAAGCUCACUAGUGCAGAAAACAGAAAAAGGAUAAGGAAAGGAGGCACAGCAAUUAUUUGCAGCGGACGUAUUGGGAGUUAGAAGUAAAUGGUUUCAAAACUCGGCAUCUGAGGAAAGAAAGGGCAAAGGAGAAACCCUGCUGUGAAAGCACCUCCGCUGCCAGAUUAUAAACGACUUUUGAAUGAAAGCGGAAUGAAGAAGGAUCUCGAAAGGGAUGAAACGCUUAUUUCUGAAGACGGAAAUGAGGAAAAUGAAUAGCCAAGGAAACAUACAGGGAGGUAAAAGGAAAAUAGAAAGCCAUGAGCAGUAGGGGAGCCAAAUGAGAAGCGUGUGGAUGACAGAUAAAUGGAGUAAAUAUAUGUACACACACACAAGGCUUUUAAAAAGCCAUUUGCAAGAUAGGGGACUCAUUAAAAAAGAAUUCAAGACAAUCACAGGGACAAAGAAAAGAACACAGGAAGUACAAAAAGACAUCAACGCGGAUCAUAUUAAAAUUAGGAAAGGGGAAAAAACUAAUGAUGGAGUUGAUGCUAAAACUGAGAUUUGGAGGAAAAAAGCUCCCCUAUGUGUAAUGUUUGCAAGGCCUGCUUUGAUACAGCGUUUUAGUUUUAUUGCAUCAGAAUCUGGAGGAAUUCCAGUCCAGGUUUUAUCAGCUGCCUAAACAAAGAGUCUCUCUCCACUGGUUGGACUUCAGAACCAGGCAGUGAUGACAAAUUCUGGUAUGCUUCACUCUACAUUUCCACUUUGAACACUUCUAGGUAGUCAUGCUUGCACUGACUCUGCACCGUCCUGAGUCCAGAAAGCACACCAUCCCAUAGAGCAUACAGUGGUACCUCAGGUUACAGACGCUUCAGGUUGCAGACGCUUCAGGUUACAGACUCUGCUAACCCAGAAAAAGUACUUCAGGUUAAGAACUUUGCUUCAGGAUGAGAACAGAAAUCGUGCUCCGGCGGCGCGGCGGCAGCAGGAGGCCCCAUUAGCUAAAGUGGUGCUUCAGGGUAAGAACAGUUUCAGGUUAAGAACGGACCUCCGGAACGUAUUAAGUUCUUAAGCCAAGGUACCACUGUAAUGUUCGUGAUGGUAUGGGCAGUAGUCUGGUUUUGGUAAAGAAAAGAAGAACCUUGGUUUUUGAACAGCUUAGUUCUCUAAUGUUUUGGCUCCCGAACACCGCAAACCUGGAAGUGACUGUUCUGAUCUGCAAAAUAUUUUUGGAAGCCAAAUGUCCGAUGGGGCUUCUGCGGCUUCCGAUUGGCUGCUGGAGCUUCCUGCAGCCAAUCAGAAGCUGCACUUGGUUUCUUAAUGUUUUGGAAGUCGAACGGACUUCCAGAACAGAUUCCGUUCGACUUCCAAGGUACGACUGUAUUGCAACUCUGUGAGGGGUAAACUACAGUUCCCAUGAUUCUUUAGGAGGGGGGGAAAUGUGUCAAGUUGCAGAUCCUCUCUCAGUGAUUUUCUGCACAGGGGCUGGUAUAUAGGGGUGUACAAAUCUGCUAGUUUUAGUUCUCUUAAGUUGUCAUGUUUCCAGUCUUAAACACAGUGUUCUACAUUUCUGCAGCAAUCUGUGGUCCCCCCCAAGCCCCUACCCCAAUGAAAAUUCAACAGUAUUUCAGUGCAAAUUUUACCCAGUACACAUAUCUUUGUAUGCAAUUUUGAUUAACAUAUGGUAUUUUUGCAAGCAAUUUUCUCCAAUAUAUAUAUAAUGCAUUUUUCUAUAUUAUUUCCACCAAUAUAUGCACACCAAUAUUUGCACAUUUCCCCCUAAUAUAUGCAUUUUCUGGUAGGAAAUGCAUGCAUAUGUAUGGUAGGAAAACUGCAUUGCAAAAUUUGGAAAAGUGUGAAUUUCAAAGGAUAGAGGUGUUUCAGUUCACAUAUUGGUUCAAUAACUGCAAAUGAGGUAGAUUAUUAUCAAAAAGCAAACAAAAAUUAAAAUUCGUCCUUAUGCCUACUGAUACAUGUAUACAUUUCUGUUCAGCCAUUCUCCACACUUCCUGCAGAGUAGGUAACUGAAUUAUUUACUUUGUGUUAAAGAAGAAUCUUAAUUUUCAAGGUUAAUCGAAUGUAUAUAUUGAGGUGAAUGGUUUGAGGCAUACAAGAUUGAUGCUGUUUUUAUCUUGCAGCUGAAAUAGAAGUAUUAGUGGGACUAGUUUGAUGUAUUUUUAUGUAGAUUAAUGUAUUUUAAUUUCAAAUAGCAUAUUUUGUAGAACCAAUAUAGUUUUGCACUGACAUGUCUUUCUCAGUCUAAUGCAUUUUAAUCACGUCGCUCUGUUGCUUGUGCGAUUUCUCAAAAAUACCUGAAUGCAUUAACUUUCAUUGGUAGGCACUUCAGAAAUAUAUAAUAUACAUAUAAUUGACCUUAAAUGGGACCGUUUGUAACCCUUGGCCACUUAUAUAUUUUUUAAAAAACUCUGUUAGGAAAUGGCUAGAUGUUCAUUAACCUUCCUAAACAGAAGCUUAAAAAAUAAAGGAUUGGUUUACUACCCCAAGCCAAAUUCUAAUGUAUCUAAUGUGCUGCUAGUGUGUGAAAACAGUCACGAUCCCAAGCUUCCCAGGCAAGCACCUCCAGAUGGUGGAGACAUUGGGUGCCGUUCUGGUCCCUGGGCAUCUUUGCUUGGCAUCAAGUGGUUGAUAAAGGUAAAGGACCCCUGACAGUUAAGUCCAGUCGUGAACGACUCUGGGGUUGUGGCGCUCAUCUCACUUCACUGGCUGAGGGAGCCAGCAUUUGUCUGCAGACAAUUUUUCUGGGCCAUGUGACCAGCAUGACUAAGCCGCUUCUGGCGAACCAGAGCAGCGCACGGAAACGCCGUUUACCUUCCUGCCAGAGCGGUACCUAUUUAUCUACUUGCACUUCACGUGCUUUCGAACUGCUAGUUUGGCAGGAGCUGGGACCGAACAACAGGAGCUCUCCCCGUCGCAGGGAUUCGAACUUCCGACCUUCCGAUUGGCAAGCCCUAGGCUCAGCCAGGUGCAAAAUGUGCCUGGCGCCUGGUGAUUUUCUAAUGCUGUUGGACUCCCAAUUUCCAUCAUUCCUGACCACUGGCUGGGAUGGGAACCCCAAAAACAUCUAGAUGGCAUCACAUUGGCUUAGCUUAUAAAGUGCCACAAGAUUCUUGGUAGUUUUUGCAGGGACAGAUGGGCGCUGCUUUCCCUCUGAACAUAAUUCCAAACUGUUGAACUGUCCCAUCAGUCUGUCUUGGCAAAACUGUCGAGAAACAUGUGGAACUGCAGGUGAAACAUAAGCAUUUGUUUUAUUCUUACCCUAUUCCAAAAGCUGCCUGUUCCUUAACAGCAGGGAAGGGCUUACCUGUGGCUUUUCAGAUACUGUUGGACUCCAACUCCCAUCAGCGCCAGCCAACAUGAACAACAGCCAGAGAUUAUGGGAUUUGUAGUUGUAGAUGGAAGAUGCCAGGUUACCCACCCGAUGCUGAGUAGCAUUAUAAAUGGUGUUAGCUUCAUGAAUUCUUCCAUCUUGUAAAGCUUCUUUUUAAUCCUGUGGGUGGGAUGGAAUCUAAAAACACUUGGACACAUUUUAUUUAACAUAGAAACCAUUGAUAUGAGAAUUAAAGCAAGCAGCCCUUUCAUGCAGUGAAAUGACCACGGAAUGCUCCUUUGUUUCAAGUCAUUGUAAGCUAAACAAACCGUGGAAGAAAUCUGCGCGUUCCAAAAUAGUCCCCGUAAGAAGCGCGACUCAAUAAUGCUGCGAAAUGCCUUUAUUCAUUUAAGCAGAACGAAAACAUUUAACUCUCUUUGAAAUUGAUUUUGCCGCAUUUAGAACAUUUAUAAAUACCAAAGACUAACAUUUUCAUUGAAGCUGUUGCUUUAUUCUGCUUUGAAGAAUCACACCCCAACCCCCGCUCCACCCACAUGCAAAUUUUUAAAGGCAAGGUUUGAAAUGUUUGGUGGUGGUGGUGGUGGAGCCCACAGAAGCAUUAGGGAGAAUGAACUCAAACCAAACUUGGAAUGAAAACCGGACCCAAUCUUUGUUCCUGAAUCAAAACCAGUGGAGACUGAUCCAUCAGGGAGAAUCUGGCAUUGCCCCACCAGCCUCAGCCAGCCCCCAACCGCCUUCCUUCCUUCUUACUUUCAACUUUUCUAAGGAGCGGCAGGAGUGGCACUUGGCUGUCUUUAAUCUCAGCUUUGUCCUUGUCUAUCUUAGCAGGAAGAAGGACGGGAACAAAUGUUGCCUGUCAGUCACUAUGGCUCCACCUCCUCUUGGCCUCCCUCCCAAUCACCUUACCAGUCCCAAUGGCUACUACUGGCCACCACUAUCCUGAAGCCCUCUCUGUAGAGCCUAAAAUAAUAGUUAUUGGUGCCAAUGCAGAUUCCCCCCCCCCCCAGGCAAAACCAGUUUCAAAGGAGGAUUAUCCUCGGGACAAGGGCAGGGAAGAAAAGGUCUGUAUUUUCCCACCCUGUGCCCAUGUUUGCUUUGAACCUGGUAAUCAUCAUCCUUCCCAGUGCAUGCUAUCUUCAUUUUCUUUAAAAAAAAUACCUGCCCAUUGAAUGUCUAGUUUGGCUCUGACCAUGAAGACAAUCAGCCUCUGAGUAGAAAUGAGAAAAGACAGCAUUUAUGUAUGCUCACACUUGCUACAGUGUUCAGCCUGUUUUUAUAUUGUGGAAGCCUUUCUCUCGAUCCUUUGACCUAAAGGCCAACCAGUAUGGAGCUGUGUACAGUACUGGACAGUUGCAGUCCUAUUUUGGCAUUUCCCAUCAUGCAACUCCCAACUCCCAUUAGGCCAAACCCCUGAAGAUGGGUUGCUGUAAAGCACACUUAUAAAGCUGCGCAAAAGAAACCAAAAACUGGAAUUGUUUCAUGUGUGUGUUUGAGAGAGAGAGAAUAAAAUCUGGUUGGUGCAUGCAUUACCUUUUACUCUCCUGCUUGCUAGUUACCCUAGAAAUUGGGUGUUUUAAAGAUCCAUGCCUGUAUGAAAUGCAAACACCUUGUUUCAUCUUUUGUUUGCAGGUCAAAUUCUUAUUACUAGCUACAGUUUAGCCUGCGGGGCUCCCUGCUGCAAGUUACAACAGUAGCGGUUUUGCCCGCAAACUUUGUAACUAAUGAAAGGCACACUAACUCUGCUUUCUCUCUGCUUUCUAGGUACCUUGGAAUCACCAGGCCUCUCACCUAUCCCGUAAGGCAAAAUGGGAAGUGUAUGGCUAAAAUGAUCCUGAGCGUGUGGCUGCUGUCGGCUUCAAUUACUUUGCCACCCCUCUUUGGCUGGGCUCAGAAUAUCAACGACGACAAAGUUUGCCUCAUCAGCCAAGACUUUGGUUACACCAUUUAUUCCACGGCGGUGGCGUUUUACAUUCCCAUGUCCGUGAUGCUUUUCAUGUACUACCAGAUCUUCAAAGCCGCCAAGAAGAGUGCGGCCAAACAUAAGUUUGCCGGUUUCCCCCGCCCUGAAGAAAACGAAGGGAUCGUUUCGGCGAACGGCAUCGCGAAACUGCACAAGGAAUCGGAAGAGUGCACAAAUUUUUCGCGGCUGCUUAAGCACGAGCGGAAGAACAUCUCCAUCUUCAAGAGGGAGCAGAAAGCUGCCACCACCCUGGGGAUUGUUGUCGGGGCAUUUACGGUGUGCUGGCUGCCGUUUUUCAUACUUUCCACCGCCAGACCCUUUAUCUGCGGGACGUCUUGCAGUUGUAUCCCCCUGUGGGUUGAGAGGACAUUUCUCUGGUUGGGUUAUGCAAACUCUCUCAUCAACCCCUUUAUAUAUGCCUUCUUCAAUCGGGACCUGAGGACAACCUAUCGCAAUCUGCUGCAAUGCAGAUAUAGGAAUAUCAACCGUAAGCUAUCGGCCGCAGGCAUGCACGAGGCCCUGAAGCUUGCUGAAAAGCCAGAGUUUGUUCUGUAAGGUCAUUUUGCCUUUUAUUACACUUAUUUGCUGGUUCUUUGUGUAAGCUUUCUCUUCCAAGUAACACCAAAUACAGAUAAGAAUGAUUGUGUCUGAUUGCAGAUUAUUCUUUUUUAGUUGAAGAUUUCUGUCAGUCUUAUCCCAGUUUGUUGUGGCUUUCCCCUCAAGAAUCUGGAGAGAAUGCUAAGAAUUAGAGUUCCCUUUUCUACCAACUACAGUUGCCCCAGAAAGACAGAAUAACAACUAAAUAAGUUCAUGUGUGAGUGCUUAGCAUCAUCAUAGUAGUUGGAUACCCAAGUACCAAAAUUCUUUGUAUGAAAGCAGUUGUAUGUGAAGAGGGUGGGUUGUUGUUGUUGUUUUUAAAGAUAGUGAGCAUCUUAAUUUAGGAUUUCUGUCUAAAGAUCUUCUAGUGUGUACCUAUACAAAACUGUGUUACUCCAAACUUGGUAGCUGCUUAUACUUUUUUUCCGCAGGAGAGCAUAACCACAAACUAGCCAUUAGGCCUAAUAGCUGUGGGCACAUAGCUGUUGUUUUUAAAGCUCUGCUUUGUGAUUGGAUGCUGCCAUUGAUUGGCUCCCAUUGUUAUUUCCUGCACUCCUCAGAUUACCAGCAAAAUCUGGUGAAUGAUCCAUGGAGCAUUUUGUCCAAAUGAUUAGGUGCAUGCCUGCUUGAUGUCUUCUAGGCUUAUUUCUCACUGUUUCUUGAAGUUUAGCUUGACAAUGCGUUUAGAAAGCAUAAGAGUUUCGUAGGACAGAUGGACCCCAAAUAAACAAUAGUUUUGCUGAUCACAGCCUAUGAGCAGAAUCUCAACAUUAUUUGCUUUGAGUCAGUCCCAAAGACUUUUUAUAGAACAAUAAGUGGAUUUGGGAUUGCAGGGUCCGCUGAGGCUAACUGUUGCAAAAAAUGCAUCUUUGAACACUGGGACCUUGACCAAAAUCCUUGCUGAUCCUCUAUUGAAGUUGAGAAACUAACAAAAAGAAGCAGUGCUAUCUUGAGAGCUUUGGUACAUUACUAUUAUUUGAAAUCACUGGAACGACAAACAUAGACAACAGGGUGAAUUGUAUAACUGGAGUGAGGAACUUUUGGUCCGCCAGAUGGCGAUAGACUCCAACUCCCAUCAGCCCCAGGCAGCAUGGCCAAUAGUAACCGAUGAUGGGAGUUGGAGUUCAGCAGGAGGGCCACAGGUUCCACAGUCCUAUUGUAUAUGAUGUGAUCCAGUGGGCCCUUUUAGGCAUGUAUCAAAACAUUCCCACUUGCAGUAGUGCAUAGAUAGCCAGUGCUGCUGACUACAACUCCCACCAUCCUUGAUUAUUGGCCAUACUACUCAGGGCUGAUGGGAGUUGUUGUCCAAAAAAUCUGAAGCUAUGACGCUGGCUUACCCCUGCACUAGGAUAUCAUUUUCUCUCUCUCUUUCUUUUCCUUUUGGCAGCAGAACUUGGUACUCUGCUGGGCUAUUUCUGGUGCUACCCUGCAUUUGGGGGACAAUCUGUUCAGUAGCACAGUGGUCUCAAAAGCCUGACUGCACAUACCAACUUCUCUGCACAGCCCUCUGUCCACGUUGCGUAGAUAAGGAACAGGAUGUCUCCCUCCUCUGCUGUUAGUGGGAAUGAGGCCUGUGUGAUCUGUUCAGGUGUUUGCUCAGGUGGUCUAUUGGCAGGACUUUGCUGAGAGCAUCUGCUUCUUUGUAGGAAAAUUGGCCCUGUGUGCUCUCUCACUCAGCCAUCAUUCUGAAGAAAGGAAGUUAUUGUGCUCUCCCUCUCUCCUUUAUUGGGGGCAUGAAAGCUAUCAAGUGAAAGUAAUACUAGGCACCAGAACAUGAUAAACAAUGGCAGGAGUGAUGUCAGGGUUGUUGCUUUCAGAUCAUUUUUGUUUUAUGUUUUGCCCAGGUAGGGUUUCUUGGGGGUGUGGGGCAGGGGGAUUUGCUUUUGCAUUGUGAUAUUUUGAUAUAUUUAUUUACUGUUGUUUUAUUGCAUUAGUUUUAUUUUAUUUUAUACUUUUGUGCACUGCUCUGGAAUAUUUUGAUGAAGGGUGGUUAAUAAAUAUUUCAAACACUAAUAUGUAUUUAGAAGGAUGUCUAUUUAGAAAUACAAGUUGGUUUCCUUAAGACAUGCAGUUUCUCUGCAUUGCUUUCAUGAGUGGUCUUCAGAAAACCUCAUUGGCUUUGGCCAUCCCUAGAAAGCGGGGUGCGGGUGGGGGAUCCCGGGGACAAUGAGUGGCAUGUCUACCAUCCAGCAGCAUCCCCCGGGCACUCCUGCUGCCUUCUGCCUGGCAAUUUCAGCCACUAAACUCAGCCUGCCAACGUCCACAGGUUUCAUCUGUUCAUGAAUAUCCACCACUUUCCUUCCACACAUCACCUUCGAGCACAUACACGCAUGAUUUGCCUCAACACACACACAAACAAACACAUGCCAGCUGACUUCAUGAAGAAUGCCAACGGACUCAUGCACUCAUCUUUCAUGCUCCACUCAUUCACAUUAGUACUCUGGCUUUGACUCACAAAUAACCACUGGCUUCUGUCAACGGACUUCUGAAGAUGAGCUUCAACCAAGCAAAUAUCAGCCUGCUUCCACCUUACGGCACCUAGCAACUUCUGAAUGUGAACUCCAUUGGCUUCCAUCCACCAACACAUGCCAGCUUCUGCUGGGUCCCUCACCAGACAUCGGCCAGCUUCCUACCGUGGAUAUCAGCCACCUUCCCAUGCCCCCACUUGUUUGCAAUCCCACUCAGCAAGCAAAUUUGCCUUAUUAUAUCACUCUGUAGCCAGAUGACCACCACCUUCCAUUUGCCCACUCGCUUCCUGCACAUGGAAGAAGACCAGGCAAUGAGGCAUGCCACAGCGGGGUCCCCGCUGUGUCCUGGUGAGGAAGAGGACUUUAAAUCAACAGACCUUUCGCUUGGCUCACCUUUGUAUUCACUCACCUGCUUUGUGCUUUUGUGAUGUCACCAAAAGUCCUGGGUGUGCGCCUCAGCAGUGAUCUAUUGGUGCGCUUAUUAUUAAUAAGGGUUUCUAGCCCACCCUUCGUCUGCAGUGAUACCAGGGAGAAGUACACCAUAAAACUAGGGUUCUGGGACCUUUUCCAGUGCAUUGACCACAUUUCCUUGUGAGCAACCAUCCGGGCUCUGUAUGUGAGUGGCGGGUAGGGUCAGAGGCAGAGAGGAGCGAAGCAAUGGAUGCGACUCUUACCCUUGCACAGUAGGCUCUAGUCCAGCUGUACAAAAGCCAGAGGUUUCUACACACACACCCCUCCAUAUUUCCUUCCAGUUAAGCAGGAACCAUUAUCACAGUUCAGGAAAACAUUCCAACCAGGCGAAAGCAAUCGAGGAAGGUGUGGAGCAGGGCCAGGAAGUGGGGAAUGGCCUUGGGAGAGUCCUGGGUGCCAGACAGAGGCCCCUACAGGCUGAAGGUUUCCUACCCAUGCCAUAAAAUUGAAGAUUAAAAAAAACCUCCACCCUGCCACUGGGUUAUUUGAGACCACCCUAAAACUUAGCAUCAUGGAGGAAGAUCACCUGGAAAGUAUGUAGACGCAAGUGGGGAUGCUGGUGAAAUUCUUAACGUUCAUUUUUCAAAGUAUCUUCACCUAUUUGUUUACAUUGCUGUUUAGACCACAUGCAAGCAUAGCUUUUGAUUUUCCACUCCACAGAUGGUGUUCCAUAUUUGUUCAGGGUAAGAGACGUGCCAAAUGAUUUGAAAUAAAUCUGCUGCAGGCAGUUGCUGAGCUGAGGAUUUGCUUAUUAAAUGGAUGAAGCUGUUGCUUUAUCAGAGGCACUUGUUGGCAGGAAAGGGGGAAGACUGUGGUGGUUGUUUUCUUUUUAAAAAUGCUAAAUGACUCCUGCCGUGCUUCAAAAUUCAUUGUGGGUCCUAAAGGUAGGAUUUAUCAGGGCCUACUAUCCUGCGGAGUUCAUGCUUUGGCUCUUUGGGUAAACAAGCCAAAUUGUUUAUUUCAAAGAUAGUUUGGGGAAAGUAGGGAAACUAAAUAACCUAUGCUGUAUGAAAAAGAAUCUCAGCCCACAUUGCAGCUCCUUCUAUCAUUUCUUUUGGAAACGUGGACAAUCCUGGUGUGCAGAAGAACUGCAGCUGAGGGAUUCCCCCGCUGCCCAUGUAGUUUUGGGAAAGGCCCGUUCUUCCAGAUUUGCAGUGGCCUCUUUUUAAAUUUCUCAGCCUUACAUCCAGAAUGUUCUGCUUGUAACCUACAGCUGCUGCCUUCCUGAGGCUGUCACAGCCUUGGCUCCUCCUCUGUUUGAUUCUGCUGGGCUCAGGCCUGGGUCGCUGACCAGGGCUUUCCCAAGGGGACAGCUUCUGUCCUUUGUAAAAGAUUGCAGUCAUUUGCAUGCAUUACUUGGGAGUAAGCCCCACUGAACUUGCAGCCCAACCCUAAGGAGGUUUUACUUGGAAAAUAAGUAAGGCUGCAUAAGCUGGCAGCCUCCGUGAGACUUUGCUUCUAAGUAAACAUGCGUAGAGCUGUAAGAGAUCUAGAGUAGGCCAGGAAUCCUGUUCCAGCUAAUGGUACCAUCAGGGGAAGACUUUGGGGCAAAUUUCCAAGGCUCCCAAGGCAGCAGGGCUGGCUUAUACCACAUUUUCAGUAGUAAGUAAAGUAAUGCAAAGUUACCUAACUGCACUGCUUGUUCUUUCUGGAAUGAUAAGCUUUGUAUAAGAACAUAUUUCAAUUUCUAACAGGCAAACAUAUGGUUCUUACUGAUGGUCAGUCAUUCUUAACAUAAAACGGUAAAAAAAAGAGUACUUUUUGGUUCAUUUUGUCUUGUUUCAUUUACUGACCUUUAUUAUUUAUUAUUCCUUCCUUCUGAAACUAGUUUUGACCUUGGAUAAAACCACAUGGUUAGUUAAUUUCAUUUCUAAUGCCUAUUUUCGUUUUGAUUUCAAAACUUAAGCUUGCCUAUUUUCUAAUAAAAUGAAAGCCAAACCCUGCGUGCAUCGUAUUCUGACGUUUGUUGCAAAUCUUCACCCUUCAAUGUGCUUGGUUGUGUAUCACCUCCUGCCCUUCCCCACCAGAGUAUGAUGCUUAGACUGAUGGGUGUACCAAAGAACAUACUGUGUGUAUGCAAUGGGGUUUUUCCCCUGCUGAUAUGCCUGCUUGUUUGUGUUCUUUAGGGCAAAACUACACCCUACUACAAAGAACAUGGAGCUGCUGCUGAACACACCAUCCCUGGGUUGACUCUUGUCCCCAUCCUCCAUCCUCUGGCUUUAACAUUUCACUCAACUUAACCCAUAUCCCUACAUCAUUGCAGUGUGCAUUUCUCCAGCCCACUCAAAACUUACCCGCUGAUGGAAGGAAAUGCACUUUGUAAUGACUUCGUGGGCACAGCACAUGUUAAACCAGAUGUUUAUGGAGAGAAAAGGAAGCCCCAUUUUCUGUGUAGCAUGUAGUUCUACCCUUAGGGCUAAAUCCUGAAUCUCUGUACAUCCAAGUGGCUGGGCGUUGGGCAGUGAAACACUUGCCCUCUGUCAAAGAAUGCAUGCCAUCUCCUCUGUUUCCUCGAAAAAGUAAGCAGAGAGAAAUGAAUUCCACCUUCAAAGGACCGUUGGUAGGCUUGAAUGACAGAAUACUUGGUAGCCUUGAGGACAAAUACCCCUCUGUUGCAUAUGGGGGGGGGGAGGAUUCUAUGUGCAAAAUAUUUUUGCACAUGAAACUGCAAAUACUCCUCCAUAUUGACUCAGCCCAAUCUUGGGUUUGCUUUUUAACCAGCGCUGGAGAAAGUGGCAGGAUUUGGCCUUUGUCUUCUUUCACUAUUGUGACAGUGUUGCUUUACGUAUGUCAGUAAACAGAGCUAGAAAAGUACUUCCAGUUCCUAAGUGCCUUGUAAUGCAACUAAGGGCUUGUCCAAGAGGUUUUCCCCUUGCCCUACACCUUUCCAAGGGAAAAGCUGCUCUUUCGUGAUAGAGCAGAACAAAUGGCAAUCUGGGGGAAACCUGAAUUGCUGUUUGCUCUGACUGAGCAGCAAAGAGCAGUUUUCCCUGGGGGAAAGCAGUAAGACAAGAAGUGUGGAUAAGUCCUCAGUGCUCAUUUUCUCAGAAGAAAGUUUCACUGUGUCUGGUGGGACUUACUCCAUCCCUUGCAAACAUGUUUUGGACCACAGCCUUAAAUGUCUUUUGAGCUCUACCCACAAUUGUUGGGCACUAUUUGCAUGCUAUUAUUAGAUGAACAAGAAUAAUUUUCAACACCUCUGUGUUGGCACUUAGUUUCAGUGGGAGGAAGUCUUUCUUCUCGCAAACCUAGCUAGAAAUCUUUCCAUACAGGAACCUUCCAGAAAGCUGAAUUCCAUGUUGCCACAAGCAAGCCCAUGUUUCCAAACGUGUGACUGUCGAGCUUAGCAUAGGAGCAGGGCAAUUAGCAAAGAGGAGGUGCUUCCAGGACCACUGUUUUCCCUAAAUAAAUGCCCAUCUUGGGAUGUUUAUUCCACCCAAAAAUCAGUGUAUUUCUAUUCUUGGAGUACAGUUGGAGGAAAAACAGGUUUAAUGGAAAGUAUUAAACAUCUCCUGAAGACCCAUCUAUUUCAGAAGGUUUCUGUGGCUCAUAAGAUUGAUCACAUAGCUCUAUUUUAUUAUUUAUUGAUAUUUCACAGAAUGUUUUAUUCAUGUGUUCUUUGGUUUUACUUAUGUAUUUCUUUGUAUUUCUGCUUAUAAUGUUGAAUAUAGAGGUAGCGAAUCCCACUCAUUUUACUCUGAAAAAGGUAAUUCUUUCACUACCGUUACAGGGCAAACACACAGUUGGAAUUCCUGGGUUGCAUCCAAAGAUACAUUUAAGGAAGUUCGUGGAAGGAGAGUGUUUCUAAUAAGACACGUAAUAAGACACAUUGAAUAGGUUAAGGCUUAAUCUAUUGAUCAUUAAUGACAUGCUAUGAAGCAAUGAGAGGUGUGGAUCUUAAGGCAAAUUAACUUGAAAUUCACAGAAAGAAAGUUUCCCAUUUCCUUCUCCUCUCUGAAUCUGAUUUUACCCUGCCCCCAGCCACUGAAAAGUCCUUCUGAAUAAUAACUCUCUCUCUCUCUCUCUCUCUCUCUCUCUCUUUCUGUGUGUGUGUGUGUGUGUCCUGGGGGAAGGAGGACUAGGAAACAUCUGUAAAUUCAAUUAAGUCAACAUAUUUUGGAUUUAAGCCUGAUUUGGGGAGAUUGUUUCUAAGCAAUUUUGCUUCCUUUCUCCAUAACUUUGUCUCAGUCUGUAGUCUGCUUUCUUGUUUUCAUUUUACAAAAAUUCCUAGGAACCUCUGUUAUCCAAGACACCUAUAGAAUCCUACCUCAUCAGUGUCCUAGCCCCUCAGCUAAGUUCUGUGUCUUGGUCACAUAAAAUUGUGACAAAGAGACCAGAAUAUAUAUAUAUAUAUAUACACACAUAUACACACACACAUAUACAGGCAACUCCCCGUUUGCGUGGGGGUUGAGACCAUUGAUAAGUAGAGGCCUGCAACAUUUCUGAGCUGAUGUUUGGCAGGGUGAGUUAGGAGCAUCACAGCUCUAUCCUCUGUCCUUCCUCCUCCCUUUUUCCCUUGCAGUCAUCACUCAGAAAACCCCUAUUGACUGAUUUUCACCUUAGACAAAUAACCCCCACUUGUGUUGUGUUGUGAUUGUCCCCAGCCUCCCAGAAAUCAAUCAGGAAAGGACGCAUCCAUCAAGUGGGAACUUCUGAUCAGAACCUGCAGUGAUAGCUGUCUCCUAAGCACUGGUCUCUCACCUAUCCAUUUAACCUUUAGAUCACUUCACUUGUUCUUGAACAAUUCUGAGAAGGCUUCCUGUUGAUGCCACCUUGCUUUCCGAACCAACCAAAUUCUGUCUGUAUCAUACUUGACCUCCAUCUUUCAAAGGGCCGGUUCCUAAAAGUCUCCUAUGACCUGUCAUGCCCAUCCUUGACAUGUCAUAGGACUCUCUGAAGGGACAGGGAAUCUUCUUCUGUAUGCUAUGAUUAUAAGUUAAAGAACAUUCAUCUUGAUAUAUUUCUGUGGUUUUUAUUUCUUUGAACAGGAGGAGCUCUGAUUACUCAAGAAAAAAGAGCCAUGACUUAUGACUGGAUGCAGAUGAAACAGUCAUAUAAUGAAUAAGGCACUGCUGCGCAAGGAACAGCGUUGAAGACGCUGCAAGGAGAAUGUGAUGGGCUCAGGAAACACACAGGGUCUUCUUGGGAAGGGGAUACUGUAAAGAAAGUCAAUGAGCUUGGUAUAUUGUAUUAAAUGUACUUCAGCGGAAUACAGUGACAUCUCUUUUGAUCGCCUUUUCUUUUCUUCAGCUGAACCGAUGAUCAUUGUGUACAAAUAAACCAUUUUCUUUGUUUGGGGGUGGGGGGAAGAGAAGAUGACAAGAUUGCAUAGGCAAUAAGCAGUUUGAUGCAUGACUGAAAUGGCGAGGGAGGUCCCUCUCAGGUGUGCCUUAUUGUGAGGGGCUCGCUCUACUUGUCCUGCCAACUCGAUGACUUUGCCAACUGUCCCUGUUAGUUGUUCUUGCACCCCCUUUUAUAAACCUUUCAACAAGAGCAGGCAAAAUUUCACCCUGGGUAUCAAUAUUUCCCUUGCAAGGAGAAAUAAUUGAAAAGCUGUGGCAACAGAAGAAACUGUAGAUGGGAACUGGAGGCUGAGGCCUGUAUCCAAUGCAAUGCUAAGUAGCCAUCAUCCCCCUCAGCACGAGGAUUUCCAUUUGUGUAAUUAGACUUCCCCUCCCACCUUCCUCAGGUCUGCUCUGGAGAUUUGAGGGACACCCCAGAUCAGAUUUAGGGGGUGCACAGGGGGAGGAAAGCAGGGAAAGUCCCAUUAUGCAAGUAGAACUCCUUGUGGGGAUGGGACAGUUGCUUAAUGCUGCAUUGGAUAUAAGUCUGUGCAACCUUUCAUCUUUAUCAGUUAAUGUAAAUUAUAAAGAUCACUUGGUUACAGUUCUUUAACAACUUGUUUCUGACCAGGAAGACAAAAUAGGAAGGGUAACAACACAGCUUUAGUUUAUUUUUUGCACAUUCCACCUCAGCCCCCUUUUUUGCUCACUUCCUUUGCAACUUGCUCCUCUUCCUGUUGUUGAGAAUCAUGGGAAGUGUAGACACCACUAGAUUUAUAUUAUAUAAGCUUUCUUGGAAGUCUAUGCUUUGCCAACCUGUCCAUGGUUUGGAGGCACAAAUGGGAAAUAAACUUGCAGCGGUUUAGAUAUACCAGUUUCCUAGUGCUAUGAAUAUUCAGGAAGGGACUAUGACACAGAAUGUAUUUUGCAGGGUUGUUAAUGUUUUCCAAGCAAAGGAUUAUGGUUGUGAAGAUGCUUGCCACUGCAAGGUGCGAAAUAUUCUGGGCUGGCUCCAAUGCACAAAAGGUUAGCCAAGCUUGUCUCAGAUGAGAAGAUGCAGCAUGGUUUACUCAAAAGGGUGUCCAGAUUUACUCCCAGGUAAGUAUGCUUAGACUUAUAACCAUAGUGCGAAAAAAGAUCUUAAUUGUGUGUAAAGAAAUUAAAGUGCAUGCUUCAAAAAUUUAAUUAGCUGCUGCAGAGGGAACAGAAUUAGGACUCACCAACACCGCAGGCCUGGAAGAAAUCAUCCCCAGUGCUUCCCUGGGAUGGAAGUUUCCAUUUAAAGAUUUUUGUCAGAACUGUGGUGGGCCUGGGGUGGAAUUGAAACAACCGCCCCUUUUGCAUCCUGUUCUGAACCUAGCUCAAUGACCCACCCACCCAAGACAUGGCAGCUAUUUAAAUUGUUUAAAAGGUGCACAUUAACUCCUUGGAUGCAGUUAACAUCGUAUCUAGUUUGACCCUUGGCUAACAUGUCCCAUUGAUUUCCUUUGGGCUUUAGUGCAACUGAUACUGAGCUGGUUGACAUGUAAUGCUAAGAGAACGAAGGCAUAGCUUGAACGCAUACACUCCUUGGGAAGGAUAUUGUGGCUACUUCGCUCUUCCUGAAGUUCUUGUUGCUGUGUUGCUGUGAGCUAAGCCAUGGUUAGGCUUAGCAUUUUACCACAUGGUUUGUCUUGUUCCAGACAAGGAUGAGCUGUGACCAAGGUUUGUUCUUGGGUUUACAGCUCAUGCUUUGUCUGGAGGAGACGUACCAUGAGCCUGAAUUAGGAAGGCACACCAUAGCUUAGCUGCAAGCUGUGUGGCCAACAGGAGGACCAAGGGAGGUUUGUGUUCUGUGUGAAUCGGUUCAUUCCCUGUAUUUGGCCAAUGUCUGGCUAAAGAAGAAGGGACAAAAGGAUAAAAAUGAGAUCUACUCAAAAGCAGCCAUCAGGUCUAAAAUAGGAAAUCAUUUCUCUUUGACAUAGAAGGUAAUUUAAAUGGUGAUAGUGAAUCACUGGACUAUAUUAGGAAAAUAUAGGGUUACAGUGAAUUUCAGAUGAUUCAACAAGCAUAACCCAAUAUAUUCAACACAACCCUUAAUUUAUGUGUCUGUUAUCCUAUUUCAAUGUCAUUUCGGGGUGUGCUAAAAUGUGUUAAUAAAUUAUAUGAAUGGUGGUAUGAUUUCAGCAGCUUUCUGUGUACUGUAUUUCCUGUUCUUAUGUGUAGAUACCCCUUUUUUCACAGAGAACCAUGUUUGUUGCCUUGAACUUCAUGAGACCGAGGGUCACAUCUGUCCUUUGUAGUGAUAACAAUAAAUAAUAUUACCCAGAC